AUGCCCGAAUAUACAGAAGAUGACGUUCUCUCUGCCAUAAAAGACAUCGAAGGCGGCCUUUCUCAAAGAAAAGCUGCAAAACGCUGGAAAAUUCCCCGAGCGACGCUCAACAACCGAUUAAACGGCGGCAUCACGCGAAGGCAGGCAAAUGAGCCCAACCAACGCCUCUCCAAAGAAAAAGAAAACAAUCUCGUAAUGUGGAUUCUAUCUUCGGAUGCCUUAGGCUUCGCACCAUCCUACCAAGAAGUCAGAGAUUUCGCUGCCAAAGUUGCCAAGCUGGGCGGCGAUGAUCAGCCGCUUGGGAAGCGUUGGUUGGAGGGCUUUUUGCGACGAAAUCCGGAAGUCAAGAAUGUCAAGUGGCCUCAUGUUAAGGCGGCUGAAGGGGCGUCAUCAACGGAAUAA